GUUCCAAUCAUCGGCCUCGUGUUGAUUCGCGCCAGGCCCCAGGGCUCAUGCUGGAAUUCUGGCAUUUGCGCGUACACCUAGUUUCCAGCAUGACAUCUGGAGGAGCUCUUCCCUCUUCCCUCUUCCCUCUUCGGACUUCCCUCUUCCUCUUCAAGUUCUGGUACUUUUUUGUCUUUCAUCCAACUGACGCAGUUGCUAAAGUCCUUCUGCCCAUCCUGACUGCCUGUCAGUGUUAAAACGUGAGACAAGGGGCAUACGACAGAUGGCGGGACGCAAAUACUGUUUCCUGAUGGACACACUGCAAAGUCAGCUGUUUUGCAUCUUUUUCUUCGCCAGCGGGCUCUUUCUUGGUGGAACAUGGACCGCCGAUGCCGCAAACUCUACCGCUCUUGCCAACACCACACUCGCCCUUAAUAUUACUGCAAAUUCGUCCACUCCCAGUGGUCGAAGCAACUCCACCGCAUCUGUGGGGGCCAACUAUGUUGGUGUCAAUUGGGGAGUGCUUUCAUCACAGCCCCUUCCUGGCAAUGUCACCGUACGGAUCUUACAGGAUGCGGGCUUCACUUCCGUGAAAUUCUUCUCGGCACCACCUGAAUACCUCCGGGCGCUUGCAAACACAAGUAUUGAAGUCCAGGUGCUCAUGCCUUUGGACCAGGUCAUGAACGUCUCCAGUUACAACCAGUCUCUUGCCCUUGCACACACCAAUGCCCUGGCUUGGGUGGACGCUAAUGUGGUGCUGUGGAUCAGACAAGGAGUUAACAUAACCUCCCUAGCGGUCGGGAAUGAGCCGUUUGUUCUUGGGUUGAAUGUGACAUUUGGGGCGUAUGUGAUGCCCGCCGUGCGGAGUGUCUAUUUUGCGCUGCAGCAGCGGGGCCUGAACGACACCGUCAAGUUGACGGUGCCCAUGGACGCGGGCAGCACCUUUGGCAACACGUAUCCCCCCUCCGUCUCUGAAUUCCAGGAGCCCAUGAAGCCCAUCCUGCUGGACAUGCUGCAGUUCCUGGCGCAGACCCGCUCCUUCCUGACCCUGAACCUGUACCCGUUUGUCUCGCUGAAGUAUGACAACACUAUUGACAUCGAUUUUGCGGUGGGGAGACCUGGACACGGGUUCACGGAUCAAGGGUAUUACUACUCCGAUCUUCUGUCCGCCCAGAUCGACGCCACAUAUAUUGCAAUGAAUAAGUUGUACCCGCAAGGUGCUCAGAACGUUUCAUUGCAGCUGGGCGAGACUGGCUGGCCCAGUGCAGGCGGCUAUGGCGCCACUCUCCAGAACGCGAGCGACUAUUUGACCUACAGCGUCUCGCCCCUUGCCGGUGGGCAGGGCACGCCGCGGUACCCCAACCGCACCGUCAAAUCCUACAUCUUUGCUUUGUUUGAUGAGGACCUGAAAUACACCAUCGGCAUUGGGGAUUACGAGUUGCACUGGGGGCUGCUGUAUGCGAACGGGACGUCUAAGUAUGCGGGCAACUCGUCAUCGGGGGUCCCUGCCGCGGCGCCGUCAGGAGCACUGUCGAACACCACCGCACUCGCCCCAUCAGCGGCCAACAGCACCAGCCGGACCGGGACCUGGUGCAUAGCGGUUUCGAGUGCAGACUCGCAACAACUGACUGCGGGCCUCAACUAUGCGUGUGGGCCAGGGGGUGCGGAUUGCACUGCAAUCCAGCCAGGGGGGCCGUGCUACGUGCAGCUGGGGGUGGCCAAUCGCGUACAGUCGUUUGCAUCGUACGCCUACAACAGCUACUAUCAGUCGCACAAGUUGGAUCCCGGGGCAUGCUUUUUCAACAAUACUGCCGUUCUGACAAGGGUAGAUCCGUCCCCAAACAGCAGCUGUCAAUACCCAAGCUCGUAACUUGUUCCGGUAUGGCUUAACUUAACAGGUCAGUUGUUACAGUUUCGGACUUUGAAAAGUUCUGAGUUGAAUUUUAGACCUAUUUUCGGUUCUUAGCGAUUAAAUUAUUGUGAGAGUGGCAUGUAGCUUUAGACGAGGCAAAAAACAGAGGUAGAUGACGGUAUCAUCCUGAGUACAGGAAGACACGGCAAGAGCAAGUACAAGCAGAGACCUUAUGAAAGCAUCACUGAUCAGAAAAUAAUCUACAUUCGUAUCUUUGUGACUGUUUGCACUUAAUGAACAACGCUUUUAAGUUAUCAGUGGUAGCCAUC